AUGGCCACGAAAGUAGCUCAGAAGAGGGAGUACCUCGCCAUGCAAAAAUCGCCUCCGCCGUUCAUUUGGGCAUGUCCGGAAGAGAAGAACAUACUUGAUUGGCAUUUCAUCAUUCGUGGACCUCCCGAUACACCAUACGCAGGAGGAGAGUAUCAUGGUCUUAUUUGGUUCCCAAGCGAUUAUCCAUUCAAACCGCCAGAUGUAAAGAUGUUCACCCCUUCUGGAAGAUUCGAGACUGGACAUAAGAUCUGUAUGAGUAUGACUUCAUAUCACCCUAGCACGUGGAACGCGGCAUGGUCUGUUGCAACUAUACUCACAGGAUUGUUGAGCUUCAUGCUUUCGGACGAGAUUACUGCUGGAGCUGUCAAGACCACAGAAGCAGACAAGAAGAUUUUGGCCAAGCAGAGUCACGCUUUCAAUAUUGGAAAUAAGAAAUUCAGAGACAUCUUCCCUGAUUAUGCAAAAGCUGAGAUGAAAGACCUCCCAGAUAUGGGCAAAGGCAAUCCGUCUUCCUCGUCCCUGACAGACCUCGGUGUUGAGACGUCCAAAGUGAUAACUGCAACUUCCACGACUGCUAUCCCAGAUUCAGACUCCGUUAUUCCCUCAGAUGAUUCUAAAACAACCGAACCCCAAGCACCUCCAGAUACCCGCAUUAUACGUCAGCCUCGUAUAGGGCCCAAUUGGAUACCGAGUUGGAGAUGGGUAGUCGCGGUUGUUGUUCUAGCAGUGGUGGGCAGAUUAUCCUCUUUUGCUGGCCUAUGA